UCAGCCGCCGACCCCCUCCUCAAACGGACCCCCAUCACCCUCCCGGAUCCCUUCGAACUCGACCACAACGUCACCUCCAACGUCAGCCCCAGAGCAGCUCUUCGUUGGGGCCAAAGCUGCCGAGCGGCCGCCAAAUAUUGCCGCAGCCUUCAGUACAGCCACAAAUCCACCAAGGGUCGCUCCUGGGGUUUGCUGCGUCUCUUCCAACCCGGCGCCGUGGAACCGGGAGCCGGGGGGGGCUCAGUUUUCCUCAUCCCCAUCCCCCUGGAUGCUGCUGUUGCCGGUGCUGGGUUGAAGGAGGUCCGUGCCGCCGUCCUCUUCGUGCUGAGGGACGUCCUGCGGUGCCUUGUGGGGCCCAGGGGGGAAAGGGGGGUGGGGGAGAACGGGGUGGGCUGUGGGCUCUUGGAGGGCUCCCAAUGCCUGGAGGAGCCCGAAGGAGAUCCUACGGUUGACCUCAAACUUUUGGGAGUUCCUGGAAUGGGUUCCGGUCUCUUGGAGGAUUCUGAACUUUUGGAGGAUCCCAAAUUGCAAGACUCCAAAGUCACGGGAGCUCUUGGAACGGAUCCCAAAUUCUGGGAGGACCCCAAAGGUUUGGCAGCUCCUGGAACGGACCCAAAAGUCUUGGAGGAUCCCGAAGGUUCAGGGGACCCCAAAUUGCAAGACCUCAAAGUCAAGGGAGCUCUUGGAAUGGACCCCAAAGUCUUGGAGGACCCCAAAGGUUUGGCAGCUCCUGGAACGGACCCAAAAGUCUUGGAGGAUCCCAAAGGUUCUGGGGACCCCAAAUUGCAAGACCUCAAAGUCAAGGGAGCUCUUGGAACGGAUCCCAAAUUCUGGGAGGACCCCAAAAUCCUGGAGGACCCCAAAUUGCAAGACCUCAAAGUCAUGGGAGCUCCUGGAAUGGCCCCCAAACCCCUGGAGGAGGACCCCAAAUUCUUGGACCCCAAACUCAUGGAUGUUUCAGGCAUGGAUCCCAACGUCCCGGAGCUGCACCCACCGGUGGGUUCCAAACGUCCCCAACCCAAAGGGACGAAUGGCACCGCAGCCCCGGCCGCCAAACGGCAGCGGGUGAAUGACCCCGAGGAGGAGGAGGAGGAGGAGGAGGAGGAGGAGGAGGAGGAAGCAGCGCGUUGGAGCUGCACCGUGUGGCACCGCGUGUGGACCGGGCGGCGGCGACUCCGCCGUCAACUGCAGCACCGGGACGGCACCAGUAGGGGCCAUGGGGACACCAGUGGGCCUCAGGGUGGGGUUGGGGACACCAGUGGGCUCCAUGGGGUUGGUGGCACCAGUGGGGGCCAUGGGGACACCAGUGAGCCUCAGUGUGAGGUCCAUAUGGGUACCAGUAGGGGCCAUGGGGACACCAGUGGGCCUCAGGGUGGG